GCUGGCGGCGCCCGCAGCGGCCGGGGCGGGGCCAACGCGGGCCCCUCCUCCUCCGGCCUGGGCCCCGCCCUUGCUCUCCCGCCGGGCGGGGGUCCUCCUCCCACCCCGCCCUGCACCCGGUGGCGCCCGCUCCCCCCAGGGUGCCAUGGCCUCGCGGCUCCUGCACCGGCUGCGGCACGCCCUGGCCAGCGAGGGCCCCGGGGAGGCGGCGGCGGGCCCGGAGGCCGAGCAGUUCCCGGAGACCUCCGAGCUGGAGGACGACGACGCCGAGGGCCUGUCCUCCCGUCUCAGCGGCACCCUCAGCUUUACCAGCGCGGAGGACGACGAGGACGACGAGGACGAGGACGACGAGGAGGCCGGCCCCGACUCGCCGUCUCCCGGGGACAGAACACCGGGAGAAGGGCCAGAACGGUGCCCCCCACCCGAUGGGCAGCGAGGCAGUCAAUUCCUAGCCCCGGAGCUAUAGGAUUUCUGGAAGAAAUCCCAAUACACUCUGGUAUCCCGGCAGCUGCUCUUUGAGGUGACCAGCGCCAAUGUUGUCAAGGACCCGCCCUCCAAGUACGUGCUCUACACCCUCGCCGUGAUGGGUCCAGGGCCACCAGAUCGCCAGCCCGCCCAGAUCUCUCGCCGCUACUCAGACUUUGAGCGGCUGCACCGAAAUCUGCAGCGGCAAUUCCGGGGCCCAAUGGCUGCCAUCUCCUUCCCCCGUAAGCGCCUGCGCCGGAAUUUUACCGCAGAGACGAUUGCCCGCCGUAGCAGAGCCUUUGAACAGUUUUUGGGCCACCUACAGGCGGUGCCUGAGCUACGCCAUGCCCCAGACCUGCAGGACUUCUUCGUGCUGCCAGAGCUGCAGCGGGCACAGAGCCUCACCUGUACCGGCCUCUAUCGUGAGGCCCUGGCGCUCUGGGCCAAUGCCUGGCAGCUGCAGACCCAGCUGGAUGCCCCCUCUGGCCCAGACCGUCCUCUGCUGACCCUGGCUGGGCUGGCUGUGUGCCACCAGGAGCUGGAGGACCCUGUGGAGGCCCGGGCCUGCUGUGAGAAGGCCCUGCAGCUGUUGGGAGAAAAGAGCCCCCAUUCUUUCCUGGCACCCUUCCUGGAGGCCCAUGUCMGGCUCUCCUGGCGCCUGGGCCUGGACAAACGCCACUCAGAGGCCCGGCUCCAGGCCCUGCAGGAAGCAGGCCUUACACCCACGCCACCCCCCAGUCUCAAAGAAUUGCUCAUCAAGGAGGUGCUGGGAUAACCCUUGGCUAGUCUUAAAGCCACUGUGGGGAGAAGGGCUGCCCCAGGAUUUGGGGGGGCAGGGGACUGAAGAGGAGRACAUGGAAAGCAGCUAGAAGGCUGCGUACUGAGAGCCCUCAGAAGUUCCACAGAGAAUUUGCAGUGGACGGAAGAAAUGUUGUUGUUGAGAUGGGCUCAGGACAAGCUUUGGCUGGGGGUUGGUACCCAGGGAAUGGUACAAGGAGGAAGUCUGACACAGCCCCUCUAGCUUAUUCA